AUCAUUGGAUCCUCGACAGUGACACCUUACAAAAGAAAAACUUGUGGUCCGUUAUGAAGACAUUGGCAACAGCGAUUUGUAAAAACGAUGAGAAAAUGUAUUUCAAUAAAUGUUGCUAAUACUUGUGGAUAUACCCAGUUGGCCUUUUAAAGUUGAAAAAAAAAAUGUAGUUGCAAGGAUUAACAAUGCGUAUUUCUGUAUGAGUUAGAUGUGACAAGGCGAGCAAAAGGCCAAGUAAUAAUUUUAACCACGUCUUUGCCAACAGGUACACAUGAGGUUUAACUACAAAAACAUAUAAAAAGAAUAAAAAAUUGAUAUCGGCCAUCAAAUAUACAUUAUAAACUAAACACAGAAUUCUCGUUCUAUGCAACUAACCUAACCGUUGCUAAUUGUUCAGUGGAUAAAAAUGUCAUAGAUUUCAAUAUACGUGAACGGGGAGAGGAAAACAAAGCAAGAUUUCAGGGGAAAAAUUGCACGCAAAUCGAAUCCCCGACCGUUUUGAGAAUAAAUAGUAAAACGGAAAACCGUUUUAAGGUAAUCAAUUUUUUUAUAUUAUAAAAAUGAGUGACGAAUUACAAAACUAUCAGCUCCAACUGCAGCAGGUAGAAGCAGCUUUGUUGACGGAUCCGCAUAACGAGGAGCUGAAAAAGUUAAAGGUCGAUCUCGAGGAAGUUAUAGAGCUCACGUUAGACCUAAAACACAAAGCCGAAGAGGCCGCAAACCUUCCUGAAUAUACGGACCCCGUUGGCGUGGUCGAAGAUGACGAAAUUACCAAGUCCUUACUCGCUGUUGAACAAUUCGUCGCGAGAAACAAAACAAAACGAAUGUGGCGGGUUGGCGAUAUAUGCAUGGCCAAAUGGAGCGAGAAUGGCCAAUAUUAUGAGGCCAAAAUUGACGUUAUCAAUCCAGAUGGACAGGUGAACAUUACUUUCGAGAACUACAAAAAUCGAGGAGUCACGACGCUCGACGAGCUGAAAGAGUUUACCGGACAGAAGAGGACGCUUAGCGAGGCGGAGAAAAUCAAAAAAUCAAAAGUAAACAAGGAAUAUUUAAAGAAGAAGAAACUGAAAAAACAGCAAAGGUUUCAGGAGUUGGAGGAAGAGCGCGAGUGCGAGAAGAAAAAGUGGUUGGCAUUUGCAAAUAAGGCAUCCAAGGCUAAAAAGAGCGGUCUCAACAUGAAGAGCAUAUUCGCAUCACCCGAUUCGGUCAAUGGUCGAGUCGGGAUUGGUACUUGUGGAAUCAGUGGAAAACCGAUGACCGAGUUUACCACCGCAGAAAAGUGGAGGAAGGGGGUGUAAAUAUUUAGUUUAGAAUUUAUUAAACGAAUUCUCAUUUUUUUUGCAUGGCAUUUUUACAGAAAACGCUAUGUAAGGGAAAAAGUCUGUAAACAAUAAAUUUAUUUUUAACCUG